UCUCCAAACGUACAGACCUUCUCAAUGCAAAACCUCUUUCUUAGCUCACUCUCCCCCAAAUUCACCAACAAAACCCUCAAAAUCUAGCAAUUCAACAACAACAAUGGCGGAUAAAGGCAAAGGAAUCGCCGAUGAUUCGUCAUCGAGCAAACGGAAACGCAACGGCGACGAUAAAUCCGGUAAUCGGAAGCGAAAAAACCUAAAUGUUCUCCAGUUCUUCGAGGAUACCGCUUUCGAAAUCGACGAGAGCGGUUCUAGCGACGACGAUGAUUUCAUCAACGACGAUAUUACCAUGUUUUUUGAAGAAGAACUUGGCCCUGGCCCUGGCCCUGAAGUCAAGGCUGAACCGAAGACUCCCAGUAUUCCCUUUUAUCCGAAAGAAGAGGAGAUCGAUGAAGAGGAUAUGGAUAAACUUAUGGAAGCACGCUAUAAACCAGGUGCUGGUUUUGUUAAAUAUGCGGAAGACCGACCUCAAGCUGCUAGGAUGGAUGAACGCAACACAGUGAUGCAAUCUCUGAAGGAUCCAACAAUCUGGAAAGUUAAAUGCACGGUUGGACGUGAGAGGCAUUCAGUUUUCUGCCUUAUGCAGAAGUAUGUUGAUGUUGAAGCUCUUGGAACUAAGUUGCAGAUAAUAUCAGCCUUUGCUGUUGAGCAUGUGAAGGGUUUUAUUUAUAUUGAAGCUGAAAAGCAAUGCGACAUUAAUGAGGCAUGCAAAGGUCUCUGCAAUAUAUUUCCAAGUCGAGUGGCUGCUGUUCCAGUGUCUGAAGUUCCACAUUUAUUCUCUGUUCGAAGCAAAUACAGUGGGGUAUCCACGGAGUCCUGGGCUCGUGUGAAAAACGGGAAAUACAAGGGGGAUCUUGCACGGGUUGUGUUUGUGGAUAAAGCUAAGAGGAAAGCUACUGUCAAGCUUGUCCCAAGGAUUGAUCUACAAGCUGUUGCUGAAAAAUUUGGUGGAGGUGUUACUGGCAAAAAAACUACUAUUCCUGCGCCUAGAUUGAUCCCUUCAAGUGAACUUGAGCCAUAUCGACCACUAGUUCAGUGUAGGCGUGAUCGUGAUACAAAUGAUGUGUAUGAGGUUUUCGAUGGAAUGACUCUGAAGGAUGGGUACCUUUACAAAAAAGUGCCUUUAGACUCUUUGAGUUUCUGGGAUGUUAGGCCUUCUGAAGCCGAGCUUUUAAAAUUCACCCCUGCUAAUAAAGAAGAAUCUAAUGAUGUAGAGUGGCUUACUGGACUUUUUGGUGAGCGUACAAAGAAAAAACCAACAAUAAGUAACAAGAAUACAGGUGGAAAAGGAGAAGGUUCAUCAAGUUCCGCUGUGGAAGAUGGUUUUGAAGUUCCUGAUCUAGUGCUCCAUGGUCGCAAGGCCUUUGGAAUUGUAGUUGGCAGAGAGAAGGAUGACCGCAUCAAGGUUUUGGAGGAAGGUUCUGAUCGGCCUAUGGUAGUGGCAGUUGAAGCGCGUUCACUGAAGAAGGCAGACUUUGACAAGAAGUUUACUGUUUUUGAUCAGCACAAGAAAAUUAUAUCAAUCAAUGAUACUGUGAGGAUCUUAGAAGGUCCACUAGAGGAUAAACGAGGAAUAGUCAAGCAAAUUUACAAAGGGGUCAUCUUUUUGCAUGAUGAGAAUGAAUCAGAAAAUUGUGGUUAUUUUUGUGCUAAAGCAAAAAUCUGUGAAAAGAUGGCGUCUUCUGUUGAUAUGUUUAAAGGAGGAAAGGGUGGUAAAUCAGACGCCUCUGGUUUUGAUGAUUUCCCAACAUCACCCAAGUCUCCCUUAUCACCUAACAAAGCUUGGGAAGGAAGGGAAACUACCCGCAACUUUGAUACGGAAGAUAAAGAGGGUUUAUCUGUUGGGCAAGCAUGCAGAAUACGCGUGGGCCCGCUGAAGGGAUACAUGUGCCGUGUCAUGGCAAUUCGAUAUUCAGAUAUUACUGUGAAGCUUGAUUCUCAGCACAAGAUUCUUACAGUUAAAUCUGAGCAUCUUGUAGAAGUUCGAGAAAAAAGUUCUGCCGUUUCUACUGGCGAUGGGCAGGAUUCCGCUAAGCCAUUUGAAUUGCUCGGAGAGGGUGGGAGUUCCCAAGGUUGGAUGGAUGCUGGUGCCGCAUCCGAACCCGGAGGGGGAGGAUGGAAUACUGCAGGCCCAUCUACUGAAAGGAGUUCUUGGGCACCUUUUUCUGCUAAUCCGUCUAACGCUGGGGAUAAUGAUGCCAAUAAAGAAGAUGCCGGCGGCUCUGCAUGGGAUACUAAAACUACACAAGAGGGUACACCAUGGGGUGCAUCUUCCAGUGAAGCUAAAACCGGUGGCUGGGGAGCAAGCUCAAGUGGUGUGAAACCUGAUACCACCGAUGAUGGAGGAUGGGGUGGGGCAAGUCUGAAACUGAAGGACCCUGUCGAUACCACUAAUGAUGCUACCCCGUGGGGCAAUGCAGGUGGAAGUAAUGGUGGUGAAAACAAGUCAGCCUGGGGCUCGGCUCCUGCACCCGCCUCGGAAAGUGGUGGAUGGGGUAGUGCGAAAAAAGAUGAAAGUACAACAGGUUGGGGCAAGCAAGAUACUGCUACUGCUGGAGGAUCUUCAUGGGGUAAUGGUAAUGAUGGUGAGAACAAGUCAUCAGCGUGGGGCUCAGCUCCCGCACCCGCAUCGGAAAGCGGUGGAUGGGGUAGUGCGAAAAAAGAUGAAAGCACAACUGGUUGGGGAAAGCCGGAUGGUGGAUCUUCAUGGGGUAAUAAGCAGGCGUCAGAUGGAGGGAACAAAGAUGAUGAUGGGGCUGGUGGUUGGGGGAAAAAGGACAAAGAAGCUGAAGGUGGUGGAACUGGUUGGGGAAGUGGAGGAUCAUCAUCAUGGAGUAAGCCAGCUGGCGGAGGGGGGUCUUCAUGGGGUAAUCAAGAUGGGGGAGGAGGAGGAUCUUCAUGGGGUGGUAAUCAAGAUGGUGGAGGGGGAUCUUCAUGGAGCAAGCAAGAUGGAGGACGUAGUGGGGGUGGUGGCGGAGGCGGAAAUUGUUACAAGUGUGGUGAGAGUGGCCAUAUGUCUAGAGAGUGCCCCAAGGGUGGUGGGGGUGGUGGUGGAAAUGCUUGUUUUAAGUGUGGUGAGACCGGGCAUAUGUCUAGGGAAUGCCCCCAAGGUGGAGGUGGUGGCGGUGGAAGCAGAAAUUGCUACAAAUGUGGUGAGAGUGGCCAUAUGUCUAGGGAGUGCCCCAAGGGGGGUGGCGGUGGCGGGAAUGCAUGCUUUAAGUGUGGUGAGACGGGACAUAUGUCUAGGGAAUGUCCCCAAGGCGGCGGCGGCGGCGGUGGCAGCAGAAGUUGCUACAAGUGUGGUGAGAGUGGCCAUAUGUCUCGGGAAUGCCCCCAAGGAGGGGGUGGCGGUGGCGGUGGCGGUGGAGGCAGAAACUGUUACAAGUGUGGUGAGAGUGGUCAUAUGUCUCGAGAAUGCCCCCAGGGUGGUGGGGGUGGGAGCGGUGGUGGUGGUGGUGGGCGAAACUGCUACAAAUGUGGUGAGAGUGGGCAUAUGUCUCGGGAAUGUCCUCAGGGUGGGGGAGGUGGUGGCGGGGGAGGUGGUGGCAGGAGCUGUUAUAAGUGCGGUGAGAGUGGACAUAUGUCUCGGGAAUGCCCUCAGGGCGGGGGAGGUGGUGGUGGCGGUGGAAGAAACUGUUUCAAGUGUGGCGAGAGUGGGCAUAUGUCCCGGGAAUGUCCACAGGGUGGGGGCGGUGGAGGUGGAGGUGGCAGAAAUUGUUUCAAGUGCGGUGAGAGUGGCCACAUGUCUCGAGAAUGCCCUCAGGGUGGCGGUGGUGGUGGUGGAGGCUAUGGUGGUGGUGGUGGUGGAGGUGGUGGUGGAGGUGGUGGUGGAGGUGGUGGUUGGAGUUCAUCAGGAGGUUGGAGUAGUGGUAAUCAGGCUGGGGGAUGGGGUAGUACCAAAGCUUCUGAUGCUGAUGCAGGAAAAAAAGAUGAUGGCGGAGGAAGCGGUUGGGGCGGCAGCAGCGGUGGCGGAGGAAGCGGUUGGGGCGGCAGCAGUAGUGGCGGAGGAAGCGGUUGGGGUGGCAGCAGCAGUGGCGGAGGAGGUGGUUGGGGUAGUGGUGGUGGUGGUGGUGAUGAGACAGGUAAGAAGCAAGGUGAAGAUGGAACCGGAGGAUGGGGGUCUGGUAAGAAGGAUGAUGCUGAAGGAAGUGGCUGGAAGAAAUCAGGCUGGUAAUAACAGGCAGGAAAUCUGAUGUUUGGUUAUGGAUAAUUUCAAGCUUUCUGCUUAAUCUUAGUGGACCUUAUUUACUUUUGAUGAAUCUUUUUAUGAAUAUUUAUCUAUCUUUGGUUUAAACUUAUGCUUGAUGAUGCCUGGGUUGUGGGUCGCAUCUUGAAACCGUUUGUUUAUAAAUCGACUUUGCAGUUUCUGGUAAGAUUGUUUGCUAUAAUACAAGUUUAUGGAUAAUUACAACA